CCUAAAAUUUCCUUGCCGAACAUUUGAAGCGGGAGAUUUUAGCUCCCUUUCCUGCUGCUGUUGCUCUAAUCCAGCAACACUCCCUCUAGUGUGGCAGCAUCUGAGAUAAAAACAGGCUGAUCCCUGCUUGGGUCUCACACAGCGGCACCGAGCAAGCGUCGCUCUCUGCUCUCUGAAAUUGGAAUAGAUGCAUCAGCAGCGCUGCAUCAUCUGAUCAGACACUGGUAUGGUCAUCACGUGCUACCAGCGUUUCCCCGUUUGCUUCGACACCGGGAACACUCGACAGCUGUAGACGGCCUUCACUCGGACCGACGUAGCUCUUCACGAUGGCAGUUGCAGUCUACAACAUCUCCUCCACCUCGGCCAGGGUGAGCUGGCCGGCCUCCACCACCUGCCUCGACACGUUCUACAGCGUCAUGUACGACCCCAACUGGAACAGUCUGAUUAUGGGCUUCACACGUAAAAGCUUUAAGCAUGAGGAGCGAAUCCCCGUCAGUCAGACCAGCACACACCUGAACAACCUCCUCCCGCAGACCGCCUACUUCUUGUGCGUGACGUGCCAGGCCGCCAAUCCGGUGCGGGAUCAGUGCCAGGUGUUCAGCACCCAGAGCGAGAGCAGCGAAGGCCAUGACAGGGCCGGCUGGGAGCUCGCCGUGGGAGUCUGGCUGACCUGCUGCCUUUUGCUCCUGGUCAUCGCUGGCAUCUUGCUGUGGGGAUGCCUUCACAACAUGUGCUCCAUCCCCAGGCGAGCCGCCGACGGCUGCCCGGUGGUGACCACCUCCACCCGCCAAGAUGUGUCGGGGUCGGAGCAUCUCUUCACACCCAGAAGCAGCAGCGAGGACAGCAUCAAACGCGCCACCAUCAUCCAACCCUCACUCAUGUCGACGCAACCCGCCGGCCACAUAAUUACCCAAGACCACGAGGAUGUUCGCUAAGCUGGCCGACAGCGAGCCAGCUUUAAUCGACUGGAUUAAGGUCAUCACAGCAUUGUUUAGCCCGGCUCAAAUGCCACUAAAAUCUUUACCCACUGAAUGGAAAUCCUUUUGUCUUUACAAUAAUAAACAUUUUCUUAAACGGUAACUGAACCUCCACACAAACUGUCCCACUGAUCGAGGUUGUUCCCAUAAGAUGCACACAAAAGACUUGUUGUGUAUUUGUGAUUCAUCACAUUUCUGCACACGGACAACUUUCCCAUUUGAUUCUUUUGCACAGCGUAUCCCUCAUUAAAGCUCUUCCCACAGAUAUUCCUAAUGUGGUGAACGUCAGGCUCCAGCGUGUGCAUGUGGACAGCUGGUCGGGUCAUGCCAGAAGUCAGGAGGAAAUAAAAUCCUCCGCUCCUGGAAUCCAAGAGAGGCUUUCUCUGGGAGUGACGAUGAAAGACAAAUGCACUGACCUUUGACCCAUACAGAUAGUGAGGCUGAGCGUUGGGAGGCCUGUCCCUCUGAAACUCCUGAGAGAAAGGCAGGAUGGUCCGCACAAACCUAAACACACAGAAGGAGAUUAUGUAAACGCACGUCACCGCUGACAUGAACAUCGGCAUAGAAACGCACAGACAGAGACGCAGGAGGCUGGAAAUGAGCACACAUGUAUGGAUUUCACUGUAAUCUGUCAGAGUAACAGGGAGGGAGGGGGUUUGACCGUCUUCUACACCAAAGAGUCUGACACACCUUUCUGAGCUGAACAUGGAGGUUUAUUAGCCGUGUUACUGUUAAAAAUAACCUAACGUCUUUAUUCCCACACGGAGCUGAAGUCUGCAGAGAAGACGCUGUAGCCCCUCUUGUAGCCCCUCUUGUACCCCCUCUUGUAGCCCCUCUUGUAGCCCCUCUUGUAGCCCCUCUUGUACCCCCUCUUGUAGCCCCUCUUGUACCCCCUCUUGUAGCCCCUCUUGUAGCCCCUCUUGUAGCCCCU